CAAGGAUGGACGGCCGCUCAAAUAGCGCACCGAUUGCACUAUUUAAACAUGUUCGAAACCCUUCAAAUGGUGACUACUAAAGAGUCUGAUUGGUCGAUUCCCAGUCUGGAAGGUGCCGGACUAGAUGGUCUUUCACUCGGGGAUCCCAGCUUGGUAGACGGUACGAUGAACAUGGAGAAAUUGGAUCAGGUCUCUGAUAACCUUAUCUCAGACAGCGAAGAGGAGGGAGGUAAGAUCAGCUGA